CACGCCGUGUCUGACCCCAAAGCACAUCCUACGAUGGGAGCCUUCGCUGCAGGAGGGUUUUGGCUUAAAGACCACGAAACCCAGCGCCGAUGUGGGGUCCUACCUGCGCUCACAACGCAGCCCUGCGAGCUGUACCUGCAAAGGGAAGAGCCGUGAGCCCCCAGCGCAUCUCCGAGCCCGAUCCCGAAGAUUUCAGCCUGAAGUGCAUUAAGGACAAACUGCUCCCCAUUGCAGGCACUGUGCUGGUGGCAGCGCUGCUCAUCGCCGUCAUUUCGCUGGCAGCCCAGAAACGCCCCUCGUGCCCCCCCUGCCCCACAGCCGCCCCCCCCCUCCCGGGCUGCCCCAGGGAUGGGAUCGGGGUGGGGACGCGGUGCUUCUACUUCGUGGAGGACGCGGCGGAUUGGGAUGGAGGGCAGCGCUUCUGUCUGUCCCGUGGAGCACAGCUGGCCACCGUGGAGACCCCGCAGGAGUUGGAGUUCGUGCUGCGCUAUGGGAGCUCCGUGCAUUACUGGAUCGGGCUGCGCAGGGAGGGCUGGGGGCCCUGGAUGUGGCCCAAUGGCUCUGACUUCAAUAACGCGUUCAGCAUCGCGGGCAGCGGACGCUGCGCUCACACGGACGGCGGAGGGAUCGGCAGCUCCGAGUGCUCCCAGCCCAAACGUUCCGUCUGCAGCCGCCCGCAACGGGGGGCGAGGGGGGGGGCGGAGAGCUGAGCCCCCCCCGGGCUGAAGGGG